AUGAGCAGCUGGGUCAUCGGGGCCAUCAGGGAGAAAACCCGGGAGGUGAUGCUGGCCAAGCCUGUGAGGGGACCAUUGAUCACUGUGGACUUGACCCCUCCAGCCGAUGGAGAAAUGAACUACAUCUUCAUGUACACGUUCAGUGGCAGUUUGGCUGGCAGUGGGCAGAUCAAGGACGACCAGACCAUGGCAGCAUUGUGGGGCAAGAUGCGACAUCAUUUGAUGAACAUGAAAGCUGCACACUGA